AUGGCGGAUUUCCUGAACGACCAGUUACACCAUCCAUCGUCGCAAGACUCGUCCCACCCACGACAUUCCCCGACAGACGCAAACUGCCCGACAGCAUCCACCUCCGCGGGCCAUGCCGACGCCGACAGCUCCACGUAUGUCCCGCGCAUGAAGCGCAUCGCCUGUGUCGUCUGCCGAAGACGAAAGCUCCGAUGCGACGGAAAGAGACCUAGUUGUGGGACGUGUUCGCGGCUGGGCCACGAGUGCGCCUACGACGAAGUGCGCAAGAAGAGCGGCCCCAAGCGGGGUUACGUCAAACAGUUGGAGGCACGACUGGCCCAGGUCGAAACCCUGUUGAAAACUCAGGAGCAGCCGCAGUCACAGCCACCGCAAGGAAACAAUUUCCCCGUCGCAAUCCCGAACGACUCCACGAAUAUUCCUGAUCUCCCCUCGCUCUCAAAUGGCAUCGACGAGCCUCCAUCGCCCUCCGCUGGUCCGGCAGGCCAAGUACCAGGGGCCUCGAUAUUCCUGCCGCCAGUGGUGGAUCAUGGGGAGACGUUUGGAUGGGACAUGAUCAGUCUGGGACUGGAAGAGCCUCUCCCCACCCGUGAGGUGAUCGACGAGUUAAACCAAAUCUAUUUCGAAAAGAUCCACCCUUCACAACCCAUCCUCCACCGUCCACGGCAUAUGGCAUCGAUGAACCUCGCCCCGAACGUACGGCCACCCGUGUGCCUGCAGUACAUGACCUGGUGUCAUGCUGCGUCCGUCAGCGAGAAAUAUUCGAAUCUCCACGGGCUGUUCUACCAACGAGCUCGCAAGUACGCCGAACUAGACGAGACGAAAGGCCUGGGAGAGGGCAUUGUGUCGCUGGCGCAUUGCCAGACGUGGCUUCUCAUCAGCUCUUACGAAUUCCGCAUGAUGUUCUUCCCUCGCGCGUGGCUGAGCUGUGGAAAGGCUUCCAGGUUCGCGCUGAUGCUAGGUUUGAAUCGGAUCGAUGGCGCGGUCACAGAGGUCAAGCAGUCGCUUCCCCCGCCGAGAGAUUGGACCGAAAAAGAAGAACGACGACGAGUCUUUUGGAUGGCGUUUUGCGUCGAUCGCUACGCCAGCGUCGGCACCGGAUGGCCUGUAUUGUUUGAUGAGCGCGAUAUCACGACGAAUUUACCCGCAUCGGAAGAAGCAUUCCUGCAGAACCAACCACAACGGACGGUCCGCUUUGAGGAUAUCAUAGUGGGCGAUGGGCUUUCAACCCUGUCUUCAUUUGGAGGGGUCGUGAUCAUGGGGGUCUUGUUUGGUCGGAAUCUAUCCCAUCUCCAUCGCCCCGAACCGCACGAGAACGAUAGCGACCUCAAUGGCGGAUACUGGCAACGGCACCGAUCCUACGAUAACACUCUGCUCCAUUUCGCCCUUGCGAUGCCGAGCCAUCUCCGGCUUCCUGCGGGCAUUCUCGACCCCAACGUGGUUUUCUGCAACAUGGCCAUCCACACCUCCACCAUCUGUCUGCACCAGACGGCCAUAUUUAAGGCCGAAAAGAACCAGAUGCCUGCGCAGAUCAUCACCGAGAGCAAGCGGCGGUGCAUCGUCGCCGCAGACCAGAUCUCCAACAUCAUGAAGAUGAUCAGCCAUCAGGACCUGACAACGAUGAACCCAUUCAUGUCCUUCUGCGUGUACAUCGCCGCGCGUGUCUUCGUGCAGUAUCUCAAAUCCCGCCCCGAAGAUACCGCCGCCCGGUCCUCGCUGCAAUUCGUCUUCUCCGCGCUCGAAGCCCUCAAACACAAGAACCCCCUGACCGAGUCUUUCCUUGUCCAGCUCGACGUCGACAUCGAGGGCACACCCCUGCGGGAUCUUCGACCUCGCAGUGCCACAGUAAGCACCGCAACUCCCCUAACCCCUCCACUCACUCACACCCCCAACCUAGACAACAAGUCAAUCCGGCAACUCCCCAACGGAACCCGCCUACAUCAAAGUCAUCGGCAACUGCAGACUCCCCGACACCACCAUCUCAAAAGCAAUCGCCGCCUACCAGCAGCAUCAACAACCCCCCAACCACACACCACCCUCGUCCCUCCCCAGCCGCCAGAAGCGAAAACAGCCCUCCCCUCACUCCUUCCACAUGGACUCGACCUCCUCCUCCACAAUAUCCAGCGACUUCACCCGCCAACAGUCGCAAUAUAA